AUGGCUGAGGACCAUAUGGAAGUAGAUGCAUCUCCUGAGGUGGAACAACCGGCUCCUAAAAAAAAAUUUGAGGUUAAAAAAUGGACUGCGGUGGCAUUUUGGUCGUGGGAUAUAGCCGUUGAGAAUUGUGCCAUUUGCAGAAAUCAUAUCAUGGAACCUUGUAUUCAAUGUCAGCCCACAGCCAUGACGGACACGGAUAACGAAUGUGUGGCGGCUUGGGGCACGUGCAAUCAUGCGUUCCACCUUCACUGCAUAAAUAAAUGGUUACAGACGCGAAAUGCAUGUCCGCUUGAUAAUCAACCGUGGCAAUUUGCGAAAUAUGGAAGGUAG